CAACAGCAGCCUGUGGUUCUCAGGCAGGGGAACCGUGACUCUGAAGAACCGAAGCAUUGCUCUCUUCCUAUGACUGUCUCUUGCUUUUUCUCACUUUGAAAAAUGUCUGGACACUCCUAAAAGUUUUCAGUCUCUGUCCAGGGGCUUUUUCUAACCACAAAGGGUAAUUCCUACCCCAUCCCUGCUGUGACUCAGCUGUGACGUCUACUGCACAGCCAGAGAGGAGAUAAAGUCACAGAAAGGACACCUCUCUCUACAGACUCCACAAGGCUGGCCCUCUGCUCUACUUGACAGACCUUCUCUGGCCACCUGAAACUUCAAGAUGGCCUCCAGCUCAGCCAGCGGCCCCCGCCCAGCCCCUGAUGAAAAUGAGUUUCCAUUUGGUUGCCCCCCUGCUGCCUGCCAGGACCCAACAGAGCCCAGGGCUCUCUGCUGCUCCGCCUGUCUCUCUGAGAAGCUGAGAGAUGGUGAGGAUCGGAUCUGUUCCACGUGCAGAGCAGACACCCUCCAACCUGUGAGCCCAGGAAGCCUUCUGACUCAGGAGAAGGUUCACCCUGACGUACCUGAGGCUGGAGUCAUGUGUCCCUUUGCAGGUGUUGGCUGUUCCUUUAAGGGGAGCCCACAAUCCAUGCAGGAGCAUGAGGCCACCUCCCAGGCUUCUCAUCUUUACCUGCUGCUGGGGCGCCUAAAAGAGUGGAAAUCCAUGCCAGGCUCCAACCUGGGAUCCACGCCCAUAGCACUGGAGCAGAACCUGUCAGAGUUGCAGCUUCAGGCAGCUGUGGAAGUUACUGGAGACCUAGAGGUAGACUGCUACCGGGCACCUUGCUGUGAGAGCCAGGAUGAACAGACCCUAUGGCACCUCCUGAAAGAGAAGCAGUUGGCUCAGCUAGAGGAGAAGCUGUGUGUGUUUGAGAACAUCGUUGCUGUCCUCAACAAGGAGGUAGAGGCAUCCCACCUGGCACUGGCCGCCUCCAUCCACCAGAGCCAGCUAGACCGAGAGCACAUCCUGAGCUUGGAGCAAAGGGUGGUGGAGCUGCAGCAGACCCUGGCUCAAAAAGAUCAGGUCCUCGGCAAGCUUGAGCAGAGCCUGCGACUCAUGGAGGAGGCCUCCUUUGAUGGCACCUUCCUGUGGAAGAUCACCAAUGUCACCAGACGGUGUCAUGAGUCAGUGUGUGGCAGAACUGUCAGCCUCUUCUCUCCAGCUUUCUACACAGCCAAGUAUGGUUAUAAGUUGUGUCUGCGGUUGUACCUGAAUGGGGAUGGCUCAGGCAAGAAGACCCACCUGUCCCUGUUCAUCGUGAUCAUGAGAGGAGAGUAUGAUGCUCUCCUGCCCUGGCCGUUCCGGAACAAGGUCACCUUUAUGCUACUUGACCAGAACAACCGUGAGCACGCCAUUGAUGCCUUCAGGCCUGACCUGAGCUCAGCCUCCUUCCAGCGGCCACAGAGCGAGACCAACGUGGCCAGCGGCUGCCCACUCUUCUUCCCCCUCAGCAAGCUGCAGUCACCCAAGCACGCCUACGUAAAAGACGACACAAUGUUCCUCAAGUGCAUUGUGGACACCAGUGCUUAGGGAUAGGAAGUGUCUCCUGAGGGGAACCAACUCAAACUGGGGGAUUUAGCUAGAUGGGCCUCCAGGCCCUUCCCUUGGAACCCACAGUCCAAGACAAGGAUGGGCUGCCGCUGGCAUGACCAGAGUGCCAUGGCAGCUUGGCUGUGGCUGCUGCGAGAGUAGGAGGACUGGAGCUGUGCCUGCAGAGACAGAGUAGAGAAGAAAAAAGUGCUUUCUUCACACAAACUAUACCACACCAGAGACCGUCAGACCAGCAGGCUGGCACACCAGCAGGCCGGCAGGUCCUGAGUAUUGAGACCAACUUAAGACUGGCCUGAGGCACAGAUGUUGAGCCAAGGCUGUGGGUCCUAAAGCAGAGGUGCACUCCCGCUUGGAAGGUCUCUCUCUGUAGGUCAGUGGAAACUGGAAACAUGUCCAGUCUCUCUGUUCAGACUCAGAACUAAGAAUUCAGGGCAGAAGGGUCAGACGCUUCCUAGGCUGAGUUUCUAUGUUAAUAGAUAAUUCCCGAAUCUGUACCAGGAAGGGCUUGUGGGUUGGAUUUGAAGACCUUUGAAGUUUUUACAGAUGAAACGAACAACAACAAAGGUCUUGAAUUCCAAGCUUUCCUGUCCUUGGUGAGGCUAUAGCCGCAGAGGAUUCUGGAGAAAUACCCAGGAUCCUCACAUCCCUUCCAGAUCCCCACUCACCUAAACCUAGUAGCCCAAUUUCCCAACAGACAGGAGCACACUCAGGCCAAGUAAAGAUCUUGCCAUGCCGACUGGGAGCUGGUGUCCAGCACACAGCACCUUUGUGACUGCUUACAGAGAGCCCAGCAAAGGGUGACUGCUACACUGCUAGGGACCACUGUUUCUCCAUCCAUGCAUCUUCCUUCCUUCCCUCCCUCUCUUCUUCCCGUCCCCCACCCCUCUCAGUCUCAGGCAGCCCAGACUGGUUUCAGACUCACUCUAGAGUCAAGGAUGAUGUUGAAUUCCUGAUUUCCUUGCCUAUAGCUCCCAAGUGCUGGAAUACCUACCGGUGUGUGUCCCCUCCCUGGUUCUAUGAGGUGCUAAGGACCAGGGCUUCCUGCACAAUGGACAGGCGCUCUGCUCAGCUACAUCCCCACACCUUUAAUGGUGCACUUCUGAUGGGAAGAGAUGUCCUCACACAGUGUGAGAGGCACCAUGCUUCCAGCAAAGCAUUAUGGGCAGCUGUGUGUCAUCUAUGUCUAGACCCUCUGGGGGAAAUAGUGAGCUAUGAAACCCACUCUCCUGGAUCUCCUAGUUCGCUGAGAGACCAGACUGAUAGUGGAGCAUUAGCACUAGAAGUAGAAUGAUGGGAAAAGACAUAGACUCCAUUGGACAAAUCAGGGAGGGCUUCACAGAAGUGAGCCUUGAGCCAGCCUGAAAUGCUUUAAGGUGGAGAAGAUCUGGGUGUGCAGGAGAGAACAGACUUGGAGUGAUAGAACGUGUCUUGGCUCCAGGCAGGGGCUGAGUGACCAAAGGCUGGAGAAGUCAGAAAAGCUGGACCAGCCAAAACAUGGACAGGCCAGCUGGCCAGAACACAGACGAGGUGAAAAGCUGAGCUGCUGAGCACCUGCAGGGCCUUUGGCCUGCUCACAGAGGAUGAGACAAUGGUUUAAGCAGAUCAUUCAUCUCGCAGAGAUGCCCUGCGAUUAUCUCUUCCGGGUGAUUCAGGGGUCAGGGAGCUGCUGGCAAAUCCUGUUUCGCUGGAUCCUCACGACCCCCACUGAGGUGAACAGGCUUGUACCUAUUUACAGACAGGGAUGCUAAGGCUGGAGCAACCAUAACAGGGAAGCUGGCAUUGCAAGCCCCAUCUUUGGUGUUCAGUUCCCCUCCCUUGCACCAGGUGUCCCUCCAGUGACCUUGGAGACAGGUCCUUCACCGAGCAUGAGGGCCAACUCUACAGGACAAUGCCAGC